AUGCCUAGAUUCAUCAAAUUCCAGAUCGAUUGGCCCAUCCACGCCAAGCUCAAUAACGACAUUCUAGAUCAGAGUGCUCACGGAAAGAAUGAAACACCAAAGGAUUGCACCUGUGAUCUCUGCUACGAGCAGUUCUUCAUUACAUCAGUCGAUGAAAAUGAUGCGGCGUACUCGUCAUCAUACAUCCCUAUUAGCAGAAUCAUCCUAGCGCCAUCGCAGUCCUGCGAUAAUGGCUCCAAGGAAAUCGAGGAUCGCAGAGAGAUCCCCGAAGUUGUCGGCUGCAACAUCCAACAAUUCCAGUUGUUUUGGAAAGAGCAUCAAGCGUUGGUCAAGAAACAUUCAAAGAUUAUGGAUGAUUUGUGCUCCACUCUCAAACUUUCACAGCAGGAGCAGGGCGGAAGAUUGUUGCGGGCGAGGACUUUCUGA